UUGGCGUUCGUAGUUCGAAGUUUCGGAAGUAUUGGAUUUCUGAAAUAUUGUCAUUCUAAAUAUUGUUAAUUCUUUAUUACGAAAGAAUGAAUAUUGUAAAUUCUGAGUAUGUGUUGAUAUAAAGAUUAGAGAUUCGAUGUUUUUGACAAGGUGAUAAUUUGUCAUUCUGAAUUAUGAACCAUCUUUAUUUUUUACAUUCCUAACUGUGAGUUUCUGAAGUUGGUAUACUUCUGAAAUUUUUACUUUUGACGGUGUGCCUGCAAGCCUAUAUCUCGUACUUUAUAACUCGAAAUAUCGAUUUUUCGAUACAUAUACAAGUACAUAACCUUCAAUUAAACUCAAAUUGCGCCUUGUGCAUUAAAUAAAUAUAAUAAAUAAAUAAAAAGUAUAAGAGAUUUUAAAAAAUUUAGCGAUAUCAAAAUGCUGGAAAUAACUUGCAAUGACCGUUUGGGAAAAAAAGUACGAGUUAAAUGUAACCCAGACGACACAAUUGGAGAUUUAAAAAAAUUAAUUGCCGCUCAAACUGGAACUCACUGGGAGAAAAUUGUUCUAAAAAAAUGGUAUACAAUUUACAAGGACCACAUAAAACUUCAAGACUACGAGAUUCAUGAUGGAAUGAACCUAGAAUUAUACUACCAGUAAUUGAAUUUAUUUAAUAAAGCUGCUGGUUGCUGGUGAUCCAAAUGUAAAUAAAUAAAAACAUAAUUAUUAUUUUUUUUCUAAAACAUAAAUUUAUUUAAUCAACAAAA